UCUAUCUGUCACUAGAGUCAAACAGGCAAGACAAGUUGAAGGGACGUUUGUCUGAAGUUAUUUUUACGGUUUUUUGGUCAGGAAUAUUUUCAAAUGUUUUGCAUUCUCUCAAGUACCUCGAACCAUAAGCAGAAAGCCAUCUGAUGAAGGAGCUAGCUGCGUGGUGCACUCAAGGUUAAAGCUGCAAUGACCGCCAAACAAGACCAUGCUAUUCAGCUUCAAGUAAAGCUUGAGUUUGGUCACAAUGCUUCUUGUAGGAAAAAACCAACUCCUGAAGGUUUCACUCAUGACUGGGCUGUCUUCGUUAGAGGACCCGAUAAUAAGGAUAUCUCUCACUUUGUAGAUAAAGUGGUGUUUCAUUUGCAUGAAAGUUUUCCAAAACCAAAGAGAGUAUUUAAAGAUCCUCCUUACAGAAUAGAAGAGCAUGGAUAUGGGAGCUUCAACCUUCCUAUCGAUGUUUACUUCAAGAACAAAGAAGAACCAAAGAAAGUCAGGAUUAACUAUGAUUUGUUUCUACCUGCUAUGGGUCUGCCAGCUAUCGAUAAUAUCCGCAGUGAAGCUCUUAAAUUUAUCAACCCUCCUGAAGAAUUCAAAAGGAAAGUUCUCAAAUCUGGUGGAGCAAUAGUAGAUUCAACAAACUGUAUCAAUGGGUCUCCUGUUCUGUCUACUAAUACCAAUAUCAAUGGCAACACUAAUGGAAACCAUCAUUUGCUUAAUGGGAAAGAAAUGAGAAAAGAUACAAAAGAAGAAAAACCCAUUACAACAAGUGAAACUGAAAAAAUGAAAAAGGCCAAACCAGAUAAAGUAAUAUCAGGCAAGCCUGCUGCUAAAAUGCAAAAUGUAUCAAACAAGAGACCGAGUAACUCUAGUGAAGAAGAACUGCAUAUUGUAAAAAAGAAAAAGAAAAAACCAGAUGAAAUCAGUACUGUUAAGCCUACUGGUUUUAUUCCUAUUGAGCCACUCCCUGCAGGGCUGGAUGACACAGUCUUGGAUAAUAAGGACGUCAAGCUGAAGAUCAAGUCUUUACCUCCUAAAGUAUCUAAAAAAUCUGAUAAAGCAACUGAUAAACUAAUUGAAAGAAUCAAAGAAAAAAAGAAAGACAAACAUAAUGAUACUUCGGCUGCAGAUAAUUCAAUUUCAAAGAAUUCUACUAAAAGACGGAACAGUUCCAGCAGUAAGACCAAAGGAAAAACUUCAAAAUCUCCUCCAGAUACAAAAUCAAAAGCAGCAAAAUUGGAAGAAAAAAAGCUAGAGAAGAUAACAUUCCGCAGAGAAUCUGGUGACAGCUGGAGCAGCAGUAGAUCUAACUCUCCUGGGUUAUACACUUCUGUAUUAAGUAGUAAGAUUGGUAGUAAGAAUAAUGCUUUAGGUACAUUAAUGGCAGAGCUGUCUGACCAAGAUGAUGAUGAUGAUGAUGAUGACGAUAUAGAUUUAUCAACUCCUUUUCAAGCUGAUUCAUUGAAACAAAAUCCAGACUCUGUUACAGUAGUGAAUAAUAAUGUAUUAACCAAGAAAGACAACUCCAAGCCUGUAAAAGAUAAAAGCAAGACUAAGUCUAAAGAAACUCUAUCUAAAAAGUCAGAUAUAAAAAAUACACAUAGCUUAUCCAGUAAAAAAGACAUCAUGAAAAGCCCAGUGAAGACAAGCAAAACAGAACCUGUGAAAACAGCCCUCAGUAAGAAUAGUCCAAAAGCUAAGUUAAAAGAAAGCAAAAAUGGCCACCAGAUUCCUCAAAUGGACCUUGUUCACCUUCACAAACAGUUGUCAUCCAUUAAAGAUGGUAACUGCUUACAGAAAGUAGCAGAUAUCCUGGAACACUCUGGCUGUUUCAUAAUCACUGAGACAACACUAGACUUUGAUCUGUGCAAGCUUGACUCUGCUACUAUAAAACAGAUACAGCAGUGUAUUGAAAGAUAAAAACAGAGAGCUACAGGCAGAGUAUAAUAUAUUAUAUAUUAUAUUAUACUAUUAUUACAUCUGGCACUUGAUUGAUGGGUGCUAUAACUUGUAUACGAGCAUACUAAGAAUAUCUUUAUCAUGUAAAAAUCUUAGAUUAUGACUAACUUAGAAUGCAUUAAGUUGCACAUUAAUUAUUGACUGUGUCUUCGUGUAUAGAACAUAAUUUCUUAAAGUGUUAGCAUCAAUAUGCUAUGCCAUAAAUUGUUAAUCAUGCGAUUUAUAAUGAUCAUGACAUCAGGGUUGUUCUUUUGUCUUGCAAACAGGAGCUGAUUUCAUUUGUAAAACUUUCCCUAGCUUCUCUCAUCAUUGAACAUUGUUCAACUAGUUUUUGUAACCAGUUUUAUCAAACUAACCAGAUAUUUCUUACGCUUGCUUGCCUUGUAAUGGCAUGGUGUGUUUUUUAAACAGUUGUACAUUUAUAUUCAUGUUGUCAGCUGGUAUUUUGUAUUGUUUUGUUGGUGAGUGGGUGUUUUUGGCAUGUGUGUUGACUAUUGUAUUUAUUCAAUUCUCAUUUUCUAUUGCUCUCUCUAUUUAUUUGAUCCAUUACUAAUCCACACACUCACUACCUCAUAUAACUUAUUCAUCAAAACAGUUACAGUUUUCGACUGGGACAUCGUAGACAUUUUACUUUGACGCUUUACCAAUGUCUGUAUUUUGGCAUGGGUACUUGAGAAUAAGCCAUGUUUAUUACAUUAAGCCCAUCAAUUGAUUAUUCUAUCAAGUACCAUUCUCGCACACCAAGUAUGGACCAAGCUCAAAGGUACAUUACAUAGAGCAUUGCAAUCCAUUAUACAAAAGUUUUAUACUUUUCUAACUCUUAUUGCACAUAACUAAGGCCGGGUAUAUAUAUAUUCUUUUCUAAGCCAAGAUUUGUUACUAUUCUGCUAGUGGUUUCUUGCUAGUUCAAGCCUAAAUAUGCCUAUAACGCUAGUUAUCUAGUCGUAGUAAGAAGGUUUUGUAUUUUUAUAUUACGUGUAAUUAUUAUUAUUAUAUAGUUUAUUGUAUUAUAUCUACUUGCUGUGCUAACUACACUCAAAGCUCAAAAUAAUUUAUUAAAUACAUUGAACAUA